AUGGAAGAGGCUUCGGUUCAAGACGAGGCGAUUGAAAGUAGCAUCAAAAUAAUUAUAGAGUCCAUCGAAAAUAUUACGGUGAAGGAAGUGACUGCCGUAUCAUUCGUCGUGAUGCAUAAUGACGUAGCGCUCGGAGAAAGUACUCCUAUCAUUAUCGAUCCGGGUUUCAAGGAACCGCCGCAAAUUUACGACGUCAAUUUCGCGGUCGUGUUUUCAUUUAUAGUUAACCGCCGCAAUAGCGUGGAUUCAAUCGUAUCGGCGCCGAUUUUAAUAAAGGUAACGUGCGACAUCCAAGGCCAACAGUUGCCCGAUUCCGCCAGAUCAGUCGCGAAUUCGAAGAAGAAAGUAGCGACGGUCGCCUCGCAGCAGCGGACGCCGACUUCAUCGAGCGUAAUUGGUUUUUGCAAUCUCGAUCUAAUGCCGAUAUUGCUAGUUCUACGACCUUGGCCGCCAGGUGAAAGAUCACUCGUCGAGAAACUGAUAGUGCAAACGCCACAUCUCUCGUUCGACGGCGACGCGGUCUCGUGGCAGAAUCUUCCUUUAUUAAACGCGACAGUAAUAUACGACGGCGAGGAGAUAUUUCCUUCGAAGGCAGAAAUUAAUUUUCUAAGCGUUACGGUGGAAAGUAUCUACAAUCCACCGAUCUUUUUCGCCGAAGACGCGGAUUACAAAGCUGGCACGAUAAUAUACGUCGACAAUGAGAUUCCGGAGAACGUGAUAUUUGAGGACGGUAAGUGGACAAAAUACCGCGACUUGGAAAAAACCAAACGUUGGCGAAGCUUGUCAAAAUUACAGAGUCGCGCCAGAUUAUCAAAAUGGAAACUCGAUCGCGAUUAUGCGCGUAUAAAAAAUACGCUCGGCGUAGAACUCGAUUUACAGAAAGAAGUGUGUCAGGAUAAACCUAGGAUCGAGUGGAACUUUAUGAAUCGCAGUACAUUGCGUGAGGUGGAAAGCGAGAUGAUGAAGAAACAUCUUAUCAAGUACACAUCACUAGUAGAAUUUCUACUUUAUCAAUCUUAUCUCGACUUAUCGGAGCUCGUUUUCCCGGGAAGUAAGAGCGAACAAAUUUUAAUAUGCUUAGGAAUAUUUGUUACGUUUCUAAGUUUUAAUCAAAUCUUUUCUGUAGUAAAAAGUACUCGUGUAGUUGCGCAAUUGUACACGCACGAUGCGUCGAUUAUGGCCGAGAAGACUGCCUUAGAAGACGAUAUUUUCCAUAUAGAUCCUUGGAAUAAAGACUUAAAGGUUGACAAUUUCACAUACUUAAAAAAAUCACAAUAUUAACAAUCUUAAUAUUCCACGGACGUCGAAGCAACGCAAAGCACUCCGUUAAUUACGGAGUCUGGCGAGCCGGUGUUUGUCGUAAUCGAAGUCGAGCUUUUUCGUCCGCUUGUUCCUUGCAGACUCGAAACUGACUUUUCAAACAUAAUCGAGGAGAUAACGAAGCCGACGGUAACUAAGCCUUAUAUUUAUUCCGGCGACGUAGCGGAACAGCAAUACGCAACUUGUAUUCAGAAAAUAGUAGAGAUUCUUACGGAGAGCUACAGGGAUGAGCUAACUUGUUUCACGCAAUAUUUGUACAAAACCGGUAUGUACAUGGACAUUCGCAGCACUUUGAAGAUGAAAGUGAUCACGCUGUUAGAUCAGAAAUUCAAGACGAGCAUAAGCACUUUACAGUCCAUCGACACCCAGAAUUUUGUAGCAUCCACGUACACAUAUCUCGUCGAGCAAAUGCACCUGGCCAUUAAUAAAAUUGUCGAAAGCCGCCUUGCGAAUGAGGAUUUACCAAGGAUUGCGAAACCUAAAAUUUUGUACUUCUACGCCGAAGAGGCCUACGAAUUGGGUCACGUAGAUGAUGCAAGGCGACAUUAUCAGGCCGCAAUUGCGGUAGACAGAAGUGACGCCGAAGCGUGGACAAAAUAUGCGAUCUUUCUUCUAAAAGUCGGCGACGCGAAGCGCGCGAAGGAAUGCUGCCGCGAAGCGAUUCUCGCGAACAGACGCGACAAAUUUGCCUUAUUGAUGUACGGAUUGAUUCUGGCCGAGGAUCAAAACUAUCGUGAAGCGGAGGUCUUUCUGAGAGCCGUUACCGAUUUCUACCCGCGAUUCGUCGAGGGAUGGGUUAUCCUGCAUCUGUUCUACACUCGUACAAAUUACAGUCCGGGGGUAGAUCUUACUUUGAGAAUAGCGGAGAAGUGCAUAAAAGACGACAACGGAGAGACGGAGAUCUCGAGCGAGGAUCCUAUCGCUUGGACAACGAUUCAUUGUCCGCGUGAUAACGCGUUCGUGAUAACGGCCACGCUCCUGAUAAAGCUGCAUUUCUGUAACGUAAUGUGUCUGCACUUAAAAUACCUCGUAAAAACUACACUGAAAAUAGUCUUAUUGAAUAAAUAAUUCAAUAAGACUCUUUUUUUCAGUAUAUGUAUAUAUGUGCAAACCGUGCUGUAUGUUAUAAUUAUUCGCGCGUUUAUACAGUUGGCUGGGCUAGUGUUGGCGGAAGAAAUGUCUCGCGCAGGUAGAUCCACUCACGUUCUAUACUACAUGGCCGUGCAAUGUUAUUUACUACAGCGAUACGAAGAAGCUCUGUCGCAUCUAAAAGAGGCCGAAUACAUUUACGGACUGGAUUAUUCGAUAAGCAGUUUAAUGGGGCAUUGUCACUUUCAAGAGGGUAAUUUCGCGGAGGCUAUCCAUUGUUACGAGUUCGCCAACGCGACAUUUAACAGGCCGGACGACGUGCAUCUCGUGCAGACAAGAAUGGGACAACAUUACGAAAAUAUCGGCAAUUACGAGCGCGGGUUAAAGACCUUCCUCAGCGUGUGCCGAACGUCACCGACCGCGGAAACGUGGCUUGGCGCGGGGAUCGCUUUUUUUGAGCUGCGGCGAUUCGCGGAAGCCGAGGCGGCCUUAACAGAAGCGAAUCGAAUCGACAAUCGUAACGAGACCGUCUGGAAGUACCUGUGUCUGUUAAACAUGUCCUUAGAGCGUCACGACGAGUUCGCUCAGUGUUACGGACAGAUCGCUCAGGACAAUAAGGCUUUCUCUCUGGAGAAACGUUUCCUCAAACCGCGAGAGGGAAAACCGGGAUCGGUCAUGCUCUAGAUGCUGCCUGUAGCAUAUAAAUUUCCCCUCUUUAACUCGGAGAUUUAGUUAGCCGCUUCGCAAUUGCAAUGAGAUUGACGUGCACUCUUGUUAUACUGUGUCUGGUUGAGAUAGCGAUCUUUACGACGAUUAGUUGCGAUGAGUCAAGCAGCACAAUGCGUCACUCGAUUUUGAAAAAAG